AUGGUCCGCUCUGGGACGGCAGUGGCGCCUCUGCCUGGAGCUCCGCUCAGCGAGCGCGGCGCCUCCACCCCGCCCGCCUCGCGGUCGCUGAUUGGCCGGGCCUGCACCGCGGGGCUCCCGCACUCGGCUGCUCGGCCCCGGCCUAGCGCGUCCCGGACCAGGCAGCUAAAUGGCACUUGUGCCAGCUCGGUGGACAUGGAGCUCUUCCUCCAUUACUCCCUCAUCCCAUCACUUUUCAUCAUUUUGGUCUUGUCCCUUCUCCAAAGACGAGAGCACCAUAAACAGAGAGAUGACGCUUCUUACCUCCUGGGGAACCGCUUCAGAAUGAUCAUACCUCUGGACUUCGUGGGCGCUUUUCGUAACCGAUGGUCCUAUGGAGUAGCCUUUGGGGCUACAGCCAAUAAGGUCAUGUUCUUAUUCUCAGAAGGCUACCAGCCCCUGCAAGUCCCACAAUGGGCCCAAGCCUUUGUGCUUCUCAUCGGAGGCAUCGAAGUCGGCCUGUCCCACUUCCCCUUCUUUGCUUGCCUCUCGUCGGAGUCCCGGCUGGUCAGCUCCAUCCUGGGGUUCAGCUACUCUCUGAUCUGGUUUGCUGUCACCAUCCUUCACAUCACACAGUGUCCCCAUGGGCAGUUUGUGGGGAAGUAUGAGACUGUCAUGUUCCACUGGCCCUCACUGCUCUGCCUGGCCUUCCUUCUGGGCCGCUUCCUGUACAUGUUUGUCAAGUCUCUGAGGGUCCACCUGGGCUGGGAGCUCCAGACGGAAGAAAAGGCUUUCCUGGAAGUUCACCAGGCAGAGCACGUCAAACAGCUCCUGAGGAAGUGCCCCCUGCAAGAGAGAGAAAAGUCUUGGUUCCAAACCAGGAUAUAUGAGUGGGACCCCUACUUUCAGUUCCCAAGCAGGAUGAUUGGAACCACUGUGUUGGCUUUCAUCUGCCUGUACCUUUUCAUUGUCAUUGAGUUCUGCAUGUUCGUGUAUGUGAGAGAUGAGCUGGAUGUGUUUGAAGGCGAAUUGGAGAGCUACGUUGCCUCCGUGAACCAGACGGGUACCCUGACCCCAGUCCUCCUGCAGGUGAAAGAGCUGAUUAACGUCACCAAAGGAGUCUGGGUGGUGACCAUCUUGCCUGCCUCCCUCACGUGUGUGAGCUACCUGUUUCACAUCUUGGCUUGUUACAGAAAGCAAAUGAAGAGGUUGUGGGCAGGAGAUAAACACUUUCUCCCUUUGAAGUUCCAUAAUCCUUCCUCGUCAGAGAGUGUGGUGGCCAUUGCAAGGUACUCUGGCUGGCAGAUAGCUUAUAUUCUGUGGGGCUACCUCAUCAUCCACGUGAUGCAGAGCCUAUGUGGCCUAGUGAUCAUGUACAGCCUGGUGCUACCUGUCAUCCACAAUCAGGCCCUGGAGAUGCUCCGAGGACUGGGCAUCGGGAUCCUCACCAUAUCCAUCGUCCUGGGCCUCAUGGUCCUGCAGAUAUGGAUCGCCGCCAGCUUCUUCCUGCAACCAAAGAUGGGAACAGCUGACAAGCAGAAGCCCUUGGCUCUCAACAACAGGAGAGCAUUCCACAACUUCAACUACUUUCUGUUCUUCUACAACGUGCUGCUGGGCCUGGGCGCCUGCCUCUCCAGGCUUCUCAUCAGCUGCAUCCUGGGCACGUGGCUGAUCGCCCGCAUCGACAGGACCAUUCUGCAGAGUGGCUAUGAGAGAGCAGACAUGGGGUUCAGUGCGUGGAUUGGCAUGCUCUAUGUGGAUCAUUAUCACACCAACCCUGUGCUCGUCAGCUUUUGUCACAUCCUGAUCACAGGCCACAGAGAGAGGAGGCUGCAGCAGGCCAUCAAAUACUGGUACCUAAAUCAGUCAGCAGGUCCCCGCACCUCAGUGAGGUCCAGGACAAGGUGGCUCCUGCUGCAGACCCUGAUCAACAACCCCAGACUGGUCACGCUCAGAAAAUCAAGGCCAGGUCAUGGCUCCCAGGACUUACCCAGAUUCUGUUGA